CGGUUGUUGGCUCCUUGGGGCUGUCGCUCCGCCCCCCAGUGUCUGUCGUAAACCUGGCGCCGGACUAAAAUAAACCCAAGAUAAGAGAGCUCAGGGCUCGCCUCCCUCCUCCUGCCUCCUGCGCGGCGAGCGCUCGGCUCCCCGGCGCGCUCCGGAGCCCCCCUCUCCUGGCGCAGCCCGCCGGCCGGAGGGGAGCCGGCAGCCGCCCCGGGCUGAGCCCCCGCCAGCUCCCCCGCUGCCCGGCGGCCGAGCCAUGUCGCUGAGCCCCAAGCACACGACGCCCUUCUCCGUCACCGACAUCCUGAGCCCCAUGGAGGAGAGCUACAAGAAGUUCGGGGCGCUGGAGGGCGCCGGGCACCUGGGCUCCCCGCUGGGGGCUUAUCGCCAGGCGCAGGGCGCGCAGGCGGCCCCGGCCAUGCAGCAACACGCCAUGGGCGGCCACAACGGGGCGGCGGCCGGCGCCUACCACAUGCCGCACGGCGUCUCCCAGUUCCCCCACAGCGCCGUGGGGGGCUACUGCAACGGGGGGCUCAGCAACAUGGGCGAGCUGCCCGCCUACCCCGACAGCAUGCGGAACAGCGCGGCGGCGGCCGCCAGCGGCUGGUACGGGGCCAACCCGGACCCCAGGUACUCCACAAUCUCUAGGUUCAUGGGCCCCGCGGCCGGGAUGAACAUGGCCGGCAUGGGCACCCUGAGCGGGAUCGCCGAGGCGGCCAAGACCAUGGCCCCUCUCCACGCGGCGCCCCGGCGGAAGAGGCGGGUGCUCUUCUCCCAGGCUCAGGUCUACGAGCUGGAGCGGCGCUUUAAGCAGCAGAAGUACCUGUCGGCGCCGGAGCGGGAGCACCUGGCCAGCAUGAUACACCUCACCCCGACGCAGGUCAAGAUCUGGUUCCAGAACCACCGCUACAAGAUGAAGCGGCAGGCGAAGGAUAAGGCCACGCCGCAGCUCCAGCAGGAGGCCGGCCUGUGCCAGCAGCAGCCCUCCCCGCGGCGGGUGGCCGUGCCGGUGCUGGUGAAGGACGGGAAACCCUGCCAGGGCAACCCCAGCAGCACCCCGGCGGCGCCCAACCAGCCGGCGCCCCAGGGCGCCUCCAGCGGGGGGCUCCCGGCGUCCAGCAGCGCCGCGCACCAGCAGGUCAGCUCGCUGAGCCAGGCCCCGGAGCUGGAGGAGAUGUCGCCCAGCCCCCCCUCCCUCCACAGCCAGGUCGGCGGCAUGGCCCAGAUGGACACAGCCAACCUCGAUUACAGCAGCAGCCUGGUCAACCCCAACCUGCUCUACAGCAGGACGUGGUAA